CCGGCACUGCGAUCUGAUCAGAAAGAUGGCAAUCUUUAACAUCUACUUCUCCAGCUGGGUGCUGCUGCUGCUCACCCUGGGCACGCGCACGUCCUCAGGUCUUCCAGUGCGCGCGCUGAGCACAGAGAAGUGCAGAGACUGUUCAUCGCUCUUCAAGAACCUCCUGCUCAAUGUUACAGAUCUCCUCAACACUGAUGUUUUGUGUUAUGGCAUCCACUCCGAUAAGAUGGUGGUGAGGAGCAAAACUGACACAGUGCUGGCCUGUGCACCUAAUCUGUCUCAGAACCAAGGCUGCAUGAUGCAAAGAAAUUCAACCUUCAGUGAGAGCGAAUGUCUGAGUAACAUCAUGAAGGACUUGGCUCACUAUGCUGCUGCUAUUAAGUCUUACCUCAGCUCCCCGCUCAGAAGUCCUGAGGAAGAAGUUGCACUUCUGAGCCCAACUCUGGGAAUAAUACAGAGCCUGAGGAAGAACUGCUCCCUGAUGCCGGAUGAAGAGGACUCCUCCGAGGAGGACGUGGCCCAGCUGUGGGGAGAGAACACCUUCAGUAACAGGCAGGAGAUGUGCAAGAUGAUGAGAGGCUUCUAUGUCCGAACCAUCACCAUCAACCGAGCGUUGGGCUACAUCGCCUCAGGAGACCAUAGGAAGUAAACAACCUUCAUCUCCCUCAUCAUCAUCAUCACACCAAACAUUUUUACAAUAACUCUUCUCCUUUAAUUUAAUUCUCUUUUCACUACAUUUACACUUCUGUUAAGAGUCGUUCUUUACACUGCGCAUGCUGAACAACUGUCAGUGUGUGACAAAGUAUUGC